AUGUUGUGUUUCAAAGUUAUGAGAAACUUUUCUUUAUGGUCUUCAGUUCCCCUUGGGUAAUUAGACUCAAUGUCUGGAGUAGUCGCCUAAUAUGAAGCUGAUGACUUUCCCUAAAAAGUAAAUUUAGGAGUUAAUACUUACAGAGAUAAUAAUGGAAACCCUGUUGUUCUAGAAUCCGUCACAAAAGUAUCAUGUUUUUUAACAAUUAGGCUCUAUAAAUGGUUAGAGAAAAAAAAUUAGAUAAUGAAUACCCACCUAUCGAAGGACUUUAGUCAUUCAUUGAAGCAGCUAUAAAAGUUGGAUAUGGUGAAUCUUACUAUGCGAAAAAUAAUAAAAACAUAGCUGGUUGUUAAGUACUAAGUGGAACAGGGGCUGUUAGACUAGGGUUUGAAUUUUUAAAUAAGUUCGUUCCUUCUGGAACAAAAGUGUUUGUACCAAAUCCUACUAAAAAUAUUCAUCCCAUCAUAGCUAAAAUGGCAGGAUUAUAAUCUCAAGAGUAUCGCUACUUUGAUCCAAUUACCAAACAAGUUGAUUUCUCAGGGUUAUCUGAAGAUUUAUAUUCUGCUCCCAAUGGAUCUAUAGUAUUAUUACAUGCUUGUUCUCACAAUCCAACUGGAUGUGAUCUUGAGUUAUACUAAUGGAAACAAAUAUUAGAUUUAACUAAAUAGAAACAAAUUCUUCCAUUUUUUGACAUGACAUACUAAGGUUUUACUAGUGGUGAUCUCGAAAAAGAUGCUUAAGCUAUUAGAUUAUUUACAGAAGCAGGAGUUCCCAUCAUUUUAGGUUAAUCCUUUGAUAAAAAUAUGGGUUUAUCAGGUUAAAGAACAGGAUGUCUAAGUUUAGUUUGUUCUAAUGAAAAAGAAAAGCUAAUCGUUGUUUCUUAGCUGAACUUGAUUGCUAGAUCACUUUGGUCAUGUCCACCCGUUCAUGGAGCAAGAAUUGUAGAAACAGUACUUAACAACCCAGAAUUAUUUAAAUUGUGGCUAUGUGAAUUAAGGGUCAUGGCAUAAAGAAUGAAAAAGAUGAGAGUUAGCUUUACAAAAGCCUUAAAAGACAUUGGUUCCCCUCAUGAUUGGUCUUACAUCUCAAAAUAAUUUGGAAUGUAUUCAUUAACAGUAAUAUAUAUUAUUAUUCCAUUAGGGUAUUGGACCCGCAUAAAUAAAGGAGCUGAUUGAGAAAUACCAUAUUUAUUUAUUAAAUAAUGGAGGUAUAUCUAUUGCUGGAUUGAAUGAAAGUAAUAUCAAGUAUGUGGCCUAGGCUUUCCAUGAAGUGACAAAACAUAAUUUUAUAUGA